AGCUCAGAGCACGGGCUGACAGUGACACUGCGAGCGGUGCUGCUGACAGCUGCUCUCCCUCUCUCUACACGGCACUUGGAUCCAGAGAGGUGUAUGCUCUCCCUCCCCCCGCUGCAUCAGACAUUGGGAAGUUUACUGCUAUUGAACUCCAGCAGCGUUUUCCAUUCUGAAACUGAAAACAACACUAUGGUUAAGAGAGUUGCAGUGAUUGGUGCUGGCUGCAGUGGAAUAACUGCCAUUAAGUGCUGCCUAGAUGAAGGUCUGGAGCCCACUUGCUUUGAAAGGACUGACGAUAUUGGAGGACUCUGGAGAUUUAAGGAUGUUCCCGAAGAGGGCAGAGCCAGUAUUUACUAUUCUGUUAUCAUUAAUACAUCCAAGGAGAUGAUGUGUUACACUGAUUUCCCUAUUCCUGAUGACUUCCCCAAUUAUAUGCAUAAUUCCAAAGUGCUACAGUAUUUCCGCCAGUAUGCUGAGCAUUUUCACCUCCUGAAAUAUAUCCAAUUAAAGACUGCUGUUUGCAGUGUUAAGAAACGUCCAGAUUUUCUCACCACUGGUCAGUGGGAUGUUGUCACAGAGACUGAAGGAAAGCAGCAGACACAUGUCUUUGAUGCUAUACUGGUCUGUUCUGGUCAUCACACAACUGCAAAUCUACCACUUCACACUUUUCCAGGCAUUGACAAGUUCAAAGGUACAUAUUUCCACAGUCGUGACUACAAAUCAGCAGAACCUUUCAGGAACAAAAGAGUAAUAGUGGUUGGUAUUGGAAACACAGCAGUGGACCUGGUGGUGGAGAUUAGCGCUGUGGCCAAACAGGUUUUUCUAAGCACCAGGAGAGGCUCAUGGCUACUAAACCGUGUUAGUGAUCAUGGCUAUCCAUUGGAUAUAGUCCUCUUCACUCGUUUCUACAGCAUGAUUCAAGAGGUGUUUCCAAGUCUGGCAAAUAACUAUUUGGAGUAUAAAAUGAACUCCAGGGUUGACCAUGACAACUUUGGUCUAAAACCACAACACAGGUUCCUCAGCCAACAUCCUACAGUUAGUGAUGAUCUCCCCAAUCGCAUUAUUUCUGGGAAAGUUAUUUUGAAGACUAAUGUGAAACAGUUUACCGAGACCGAUGUCAUAUUUGAAGAUGGCACAGUUGAGAAAGACAUUGACGUUGUCAUUUUUGCCACAGGAUAUCAUUUUUCAUUCCCUUUCUUUGAUGAUUCUGUUAUAAAGGUGGAAAAUAAUGAAGUACCUUUAUAUAAAAGGGUAUUUCCUCCACAUCUGGAAAAACAUACGGUAGCUUGCAUUGGCUACAUCCAACCUAUUGGUGCAAUAAUGCCUGUUUCUGAGAUGCAAACACGCUGGGCAACAAGAGUCUUUAAAGGUCUGAGUCAGUUACCAUCCAUGAAUGAAAUGAAGAUGGAAAUAAACAAGAGAAAAGAAUACAAUCAGAAAAGGUAUGUCAAAAGUGAUCGUCAUACCAUACAAGUGGAUUAUGUGCCAUACAUGGAUGAACUCGCAGAGGAGAUAGGCUGCAAGCCUAAUAUUAUGCAGUUAUUCCUGUCAGAUCCUAAACUGGCCUGGGAGAUUUUCUUUGGCCCAUGCUCACCUUACCAGUACCGCCUGUGCGGACCAGGGGAGUGGAAGGACGCCAGAAAAGCCAUUUUAACUCAGCACGACCGUAUCAUCAAGCCCACAAAGACCCGUGUCCUGAAUAAUGACUCUGCUCACAAUUUCUUCCCUUUUGCUUUAAAGCUUCUUGGCAUACUGAUUCUUUUUGCUGCCAUAUAUUUCUCUAUGUAAAUUGGCUAACUAACACAGAGAUGAAACUCUUAGGUGGCGAUUUAUUUGUUUGCACCCCCCACCCCCACCUUCCUCUGCGGUGUAACUGAAUCACAAUGAGCUCUCUUUUGUAGUUCAGACAAUUGUUGUUUGCUAAUUGCUACCAAUGAGAUACAGCAGCUUCUUGACUUGUACAUUUGAUCUAAGAUUUACGUUACCAAAUGUGGAAUUUCAGCUUUAUUUAGACUCAUGAGCAAUCAAAACUGUGCACAUUUGUAUGUGGAUUGAGGGGCGGGUUGAGUGGGAAGAGUGGGAGUAAUGAACUUGUCUUCUAUAGUAGUAAAUAAAGAUGGUAGGGUGGGUAGGUAAGUGGAGGAAAAGGUAGGUGUGGGAUGACAGAUCUGCAAGAGUAAACUUCUUGGCAGAUGCUAUAGAUAUGUAUGUGUCACACAAAAAGUGAGCAGUUUAACACUGAAUUUUACAGUUGAGCUUAGACAUGAAAUACAGGGGUUUCUUAAGGCCCAUACACACUUGACGAUGCACACGUCGUUAACGACCGUCGUUAAUGACUUCCCUUGAACUUCCCUUGAACAGCUGAGCAAACGACAUGAGCAUACACACUACCAACGACCAAAGACCAUUCAUCGUUGAAGCAUCCAAGUUGAACAGUUUAUUAAAAUAAUGAGCUGGGAACAGGGCUGGUGAACAGUGGCUUGGUCGUUGGUCGUUCACACCAUACACAUUCAACGACGUCUCUGGUCGGUAACGACCAUAGUGGAAAUUGAGCAUACAUGCUCCACAGAUAAGCGAGGGUCGUUAACGUCCCGCGGGACCGCGCAUCGGUGGUCGUCGGAUGCAUACACACUUGACGAUAUAAUGAGCGACGUCGUUGAUGAGGGUUGAAAUGAACGACGUCGCUCAUUUUAUCGUCAAUUGUGUAUGGGCUUUUAGUGGGAGAUACCGGUUUGUCAGUGCUAAAUCUCUCUGCACAUUUUACCUUUUCUUUCUUUCACAGCACAACUUGGUUUAAAUGAGACCGUGUGUGUGUGCGUGUGUGGAAAAUAUAUGAAAAUAUGUAUAAGUAUCCCAUAUCCAAAAUGCUUGGGACCAGAAGUAUAUUUGGAUAUCUGAUUCUUCCGUAUUUUGGAAUAAUUGCAUCUAUAAUGAGAUAUCAUGGCGAUGGGACCUAAGACUAAGCACAGAAUACAUUUAUUUUUCAUAUACACCUUAUACACACAGCCUGAAGGUCAUUUUAGCCAAUAAUUUUAAUAACGUUGUGCAUUAAACAAAAGUUUGUGUACAUAUACACGAUUCAUUUACAUUUCGUAUAAACCUUAUACACAUAGCCUGAAGGUCAUUUAAUACAAUAGUUUUAAUAACCUUGUGUAAUAAACAAAGUUUGUGUACAUUGAGCAAAUAAAAUAUAUAUAUAUAUAUAUAUAUAUAUAUAUAUAUAUAGAGAGAGAGAGAUACAUAUAUACACACGCACAUACAUACAUACAUACAUAUAUAUAUAUAUUGACUACAAACUCCCGAAUUGCGCUAAUUUAGAGAUGAAAAUAAAUAAUAUCCGUCAAUUGUAGGUUUAUUCCCAUAUAUGUGUAUUCUGAAAUGUCACUUUACAAUUAUCUCCAUAUCAAAGGUAUUCAGGCAGAAUGCCUGCUUUGUCUUAUUUCAACUUCCUCCCUCAUUUUCUUUCAGCUCCGGAUAUAGUUCCAUUAGCCUAUUAUUGUUCCAGUAAUGUUCCUGUUUUAAAGUUAUUUUUGUAAUGAUGUUCUUAUUAGCAAAUGUCUUAUAGAGUGUUUUUUAAAAUGAAAGAUACACCCUGAUGAAUUCUCAGCAUGAGACGAAACGCGUCGGGUUUUUCCUUGUGAUGUGACCUUUAUUCUACAAUAUUGGAAGGAGGAGAUCUGCUAAGAAACUUCAUGUAUUUGCGUGUUGAUUCAAACCCCCAGUAUUUGUGGUAGGGGGAAGCUGUAUGAAGUAACAUUCUGAUGUAUAUGGAUACUGUUUCCACUUUUUAUCUAUUUUAAAAUAAAGAAGUCUUCACAUUGGAA